GACUAUUGAGGGAGGGGAACUUGGCAGUUGGCACUUGGCAGUUGGCACCCACCACCUCCUCUCGUCUGCUCCGCCGACAGAGCAAGCAGCAGCCACCACCACCGCCUCCCAGGUUCCCACGUCCCUGCCAUCCUUUUUGACUCCGGGAUCCCCUCUCCUGCCCGCCUGCCGAGGAUCCCCCCACGACCUUCCUACUACUUCCCCCAUCCUUCCGAUCUCUCCACGUUCCUCUGACCAGCCGAGCGUGAAGUGAGAGAGAGGGAAGGAAGGGAGGGAGGCGGCGGCGCGGGUGAGGACCGAUGGGGAAGGGGAGCGUGCGGGCGCUGGCCCUGGCGCUCGCCGUGCUCCUCGCCUGCUCCGGCGUCGCUGUUGUCACGGCGCAGGACACCGAGCGGAUCGAAGGAAGUGCUGGCGAUGUGCUGGAAGAUAACCCUAUUGGGAGGCUCAAGGUCUUUGUCUAUGAUCUCCCCAGCAAAUACAACAAGAAACUGCUGAAGAAGGACCCUAGGUGCCUGAACCACAUGUUUGCUGCUGAGAUAUUCAUGCAUCGGUUCCUGUUAUCAAGCGCUGUUCGAACUUUUAAUCCCGAGGAAGCAGAUUGGUUCUACACACCUGUAUACACAACAUGCGAUCUGACUCCUUCGGGUCUUCCCUUGCCUUUCAAGUCUCCUCGAAUGAUGCGUAGCGCAAUCCAGCUGAUUGCCACAAACUGGCCUUACUGGAAUAGAUCAGAAGGCGCAGAUCAUUUCUUUGUGACACCACAUGACUUUGGUGCUUGCUUUCAUUAUCAGGAAGAGAAAGCAAUUGGCCGAGGAAUCCUCCCCUUGCUUCAGCGUGCUACGCUGGUUCAAACCUUUGGACAGAAGAACCAUGUCUGCCUGAAGGAUGGAUCCAUUACCAUACCACCAUUUGCGCCUCCCCAGAAAAUGCAAACUCACCUUAUACCCCCAGAUACCCCUCGAUCCAUCUUCGUGUACUUCCGCGGUCUGUUCUAUGACACUGGCAAUGAUCCUGAAGGUGGUUACUAUGCUAGAGGAGCUCGCGCAUCAGUCUGGGAGAACUUCAAGAACAAUCCUCUCUUUGACAUCUCGACUGAUCACCCACCAACAUACUAUGAAGACAUGCAGCGUUCAGUGUUCUGCCUGUGCCCAUUGGGCUGGGCACCAUGGAGUCCUAGGCUAGUGGAAGCAGUGGUCUUCGGCUGCAUCCCGGUGAUCAUCGCAGAUGACAUCGUCCUGCCCUUUGCGGAUGCCAUCCCAUGGGAGGAGAUCGGUAUGUUCGUUGCUGAGGAGGAUGUCCCGAGGCUGGACAGCAUCCUGACAUCCAUUCCCACAGAUGUUAUACUGAGGAAGCAACGGCUCCUCGCGAACCCAUCGAUGAAGCAGGCCAUGCUGUUCCCCCAGCCUGCUCAGCCAGGAGAUGCAUUCCACCAGAUUCUAAACGGACUUGCACGCAAGCUCCCACAUGGUGAUAAUGUCUUCUUGAAGCCCGGGGAGAGGAUCCUGAACUGGACUGCUGGACCACCAGGCGACCUGAAGCCUUGGUAGCAUCUUGCGGAUCUGAGAUGGAUAAAAGCUUUUUGGGAAGGAAAUAUGCAUAGCGCUGACCACAAGCCAAAUGUACAUGUUUUAUAUGCUCUUUGUUCUGUAGCUGUUAUAUAUACCUCAUAUCUUCGUUUCUUUUUUUCUCUCUCUUUAUCCUAUUCAUUAGAUCAUGAGAAUGCCAGGCCCUGUCAAUCAUAUGUGGAUAUAUCAUCAUAAUAAAAAAUUAAAGAUUUUACU